AUGAAAAACGAAGCUAACAUUAUUCACCUUCCAAGUCGCAUGCUUCGAUCUCAAAUAGAAAUACAAGAAAGACGUUCCACUUCUAGUGAAAACCGUGUUUCUGACUUGGCAGACGAAGAAGAAGAAAUCGGCGUAACUUCGGUGCCGAAGAAAAAAAAGAAAAGAGACAAUACUAUAAAAAAAUGGUACAAUACUGUCUGCAAUAAUUUUACUUUUUGUGGUAAGGAAGACUGCAAUGAAGAAGUUUUUUCUGCAUCGCGGGGGGAAAUGUCUGCUGUCUUAUGGUGGAUCGAAUUUGAUUCGUAG